AUGAUGCCAUCACAACGGAAAGUGGCUGCAACUCAUGCUAUUGAAAUUGAUUUGGCACAUGAAUCGAGAUUAAGAUUAAAGCAAUCUUAUGAGCUUCUUAAUAAGCAAGUUGGUGAAUAUGAUAAUCUUGGUUUUACUAAGCAAGAUCAUAAAAACUAUUUACGCACUAAGCGACAGAGAGACAUGGAGCAUGGGGAAGCUACUAGCUUGGGACGAUAUUUCAGUUAUCAACUUAAGGAAAAUCCUUCAUAUUAUUUCGCUACUCAAUUGGACUAUGAAGAGUUGAUUACUAAUAUCUUUUGGGUCGAUGCAAGAAUGAUCAUUAACUAUAGCCACUUCAGUGAUGUAAUAAUGCUUGAUACAAUGUAUAGUACAAAUAGAGAUGCAAGGCCACUUGGAGUAUUUUUGGGUCUCAAUCACCAUAGAGAAAUUGUUUUAUUUGGAGGUGCAUUUUCAUAUGAUGAAACAAUUGAAUCUUUUGUAUGGUUAUUUGAAACCUUCUUAGAAGCAAUGUCUGAAAAGAAGCUAAUCACUAUUUUCACAGAUCAAGAUGCAGCAAUGUCAGCUGCAAUAAAAGUAGUCAUGCCUAAGACAUAUCAUGAUGUUCGUGAAAAUAAAUGGCUAAUUGAUCUAUUUAAAUUGAAGAAAAAAUGGGCCCAAGCAUAUGUUAAGAGAACUUUCACUGCAGGAAUGAAGACAACCCAACUUAGUGAGAGUUUCAAUGCUGACUUGAAGGAUUGCUUGUGUACUGAUCUCAAUAUAGUAGAGUUUUUCACUCAUUUUGAAAGAGUUGUCAAUCAAAAACAGGAUAAGGAGUUAGAAGCAAAAUACAACUCUAGACAUAAAUUUCCAAGAUUGAAGCUCAAAAGCUCUCCUAUGCUUAACCAAGUAGCAAUAGUGUACACGCCUAUGUUGUUUGAUUUAUUUCAGACAAAAGAUGAAGAGUCGGCUUCUACAAGUUCUGCAUCACAUCAGGGAGGCUCAUCAGCAAGUGUUGCAUUAGCAUCACAUUUAGAGAGUCUAUCAAAUGUUAUAGGCUCCAAUGACAAAAUUAAUGGUGCAGGAGGUCUCUUAACUCAAGGAAGUGUUGCAAGUGGAGAUCCCUUGACUCAAGAAAGUGUUACAAGUGGAUGA